CUGCCAACCAAGGUGGGGUCGGCUGAGAUCUAAGAGAUGCAAAAAAGAGGUGGGGAGCCUGAUGGAAGAAGGUUGAGCAAGAGCAAGCCGGCCAAGAUGUCAGGAGGUGGGGGCGCCACCCCGAGAAAGACUCUGACGCUAGAUGACCUGGUCGAAGCCCAGGACAAAAGCGAGAGAGCGCCGAGCAGUGUCCCGAAAGUCGAUACCUUCCAUUUCAAGGGGGAGCGGGUGUCUGACUGGUUGGAUUUGACUGAGCAGGUGCUCGUGGGACUAUCGGACGAGGUCAAGUUUCAGUGGAUCCUGAAGUACGUCCUUCAUAGCCAUCAUCGGGAGGUGAGUAAGGUCGUGGACGCCGCCAAUGGCAGUUGGGCAAGGUUUCGAGACCUGAUGAUGAGGAAGUACCGGCUGGGAGACGGCCUGUUGACCAUGGCUGACUUGGAGGCCAUGAAUAAGGAGGAUCUUUCCACCAUUGGGGCCUUUGUGCACGAAUUCAAGAAGAAGGCGAUAAAGGUGCACCGGAUCUCUGAAGAGGCGCAGUGUGCCACAUUCUUGGGGCUGCUUACUGGCACGAAGGCCUCAGAAUUGACGAGUCAUGGAGGAGGGAGUGAGAAACUCACCUGGACCACUAUCGAUAAAGGAGUGGACGAGGGGAGUCUGGAUCAGGUGGAGCAGCACAAGAUGAGGCUGCAGAGGCGUAAGAGAAAGGAGAGGGACACGACCGCAUCCGGGACUCCAGGGGUAAAGAGGAUCGUCACGGACGUGCUGGCGGAGUUGGGGUAUGACAACGAGGCGGAAGUGCAGAAAAGAGGAGUGAUUGUGGCCCAAGCCCAUUCGGUUAGAGGAGGGGAAUGCGGAGGAGUUUGUUCCUGCAUACGAGCACUAUAUGUUGAGCCAAGGGAUUGCGCAGGAGGGGUGGAUGCAGACCCUACUCAUCUGGACCAGAGGGCAGAGAGGCCGGUGGCCAAGAAGAUCCGAGAUAGGGUGCGAGAUUGGGAGGACUGCCAGGCUCAGCUUAGACAAGCGUUUGGGCGGCGAGAGCAUAAAAGGCCAGAGCCCAGGGUUGAGAGGCGGAGGCGAAGCAAGAGGCCAAGGGAACCAGUGCCGGGAGAGGCUGAGGUGGCUAGAGAGGGUAGGAGAGCCCCAGCGCGGGGAGAGGACGAGCCCAUGGAGUCUGCGCCAGAGGAGGGGCCAUUCCCUACUUGUGGUCUUAGGCCGGUGGAGUUUCGGCGGACUACGAGUGAUGAAUUGCGGGCGCCUUCGUUGCCGUUACCAGGGCCGGAGCAGGUCGUGUCGGGGGAGACGCCGUUCCGGAGUCUAGUGACUCACCUUGACGUAUCUCGAUGGGAAGCCUCACAGUUGGGGGAGGGCUCAGCUGAGCCAGUGCGAUAUGUACCAAUAGAGGAGCUGUUGGACCCCAAGGCGGAGGCAGACAUACGGGGCCGAAGGGAGCCACAGGACCCGGAGGCGGUAGCAUAGCAGCGGGGCCUGGCGCGACCUCAGGUUGAGGAGGUGAUCACGGUUGGAGACGACACCCCUCCAUGUAGCCCAGCCCCAG